AUGGACGUGAGCCAGAGGGGAGGAAGGCGAGCACGCGCCCCUGCGCCAUGGCCGGCAGUCGUGCGCUUCCUUCUCGCGACCUCCCAGAGAGUCACCCUCUCCCCCGCCCAGCACGCGUCAGCAGGGCGCCCUCGCCUACGGCACUCGCCGUCCUCCGACACGCGCCCUAUUCGGGGCUGGAAAGGGCAGCCGGAGGGCGUGGGGCCGCGUCUGUUGCUCGUGGCCGCCGCCCGCCCUUGGGGUGCGCGGGAGGCCGCGGCGUGCGGGGCACCUCGCCCCUGCUUCCCUCUAGGGCCCUCCGCCCCUCACUCUUUCUCCGCCCUCCCCCCUCCUCGCUAUCUCGUCCACGCUGCCCGCACCACCACCGUCCACCUCCCCCUAUCGCUGCGCAGCGCCCCUCCGCCCUUACACACCCUGGCACGCACCCGCAGCACCACCGGCACUGCCAGCAUGUCCCGCGACCGCAGCAGCACGCCCCGGCGCCGCAGCGACGCCGCACGCCUGAUGCGGCUCGCCGCAGCGGGCCUCGUCAUGGCCGUCGGUGCCGCCGCCGUGUGGGCGCAGGCCGCCGGCCAUCACUGCAUCCACGACAAGCUGCAGGCCCGCGUGCUGCAGUCGGUGGCGCAGCAGCACAGGCCUCCCGGCAGCGUCUCGGCCCUCGGUCUGCCCUACGUGUCCGCCGACUGGGCGCUGGCCGACAGCACGUCGCCGAGUGUCGCGCACUCCGCGGACUGGGGCACGCUGCGCAUUCUUUUAUCAGUCGAAGAUCUCAACGACCCCGACUACUACUGCUCCUACGUUGGGCAGCUUGUGAACAACCACGCUGGCGCUCUCGACAUGUGCAAAGCCGAGGACAUCCUCACGGACGCGAAGCGCAAUACACUUGUCGGCUCCAUCAUCCCGCAGGCGCUGCAGCUGCACACGGAGCGGCUGAAGGUGAGGCAGGUGCAGGGCAGCUGGAAGGUGACCGGCAUGACGGGCGACGUGUGCGGCACCUUCAAGGUACCGGAGGCACACGUCACGGUAGGCGUCAGCAACGCCGACUUCGUGCUGUACGUUGCCUCGGUACCGAGCAAGCCGGGCGUGAUGGCGUGGGCUGUAAUGUGCCAGGCGUUCUUUGACGACCGACCUGCCGUGGGUGUCAUCAACAUCCCUGCGGCCUACAUUCGGUCAGCCUACGACCAAAUUAUGCUGCGCUCCGUGACGCACGAGAUGGCGCACGCCCUCGGCUUCGACCUCCUCCUUUUCGAAGAAUCGGAUCUCCUUGAUGAGGUGAACAACUUGCGUGGGAGGGACUACGAAGUUCCUGUGCUCAACAGCCCCACGGUGGUGGCCAAGGCGCGCGAGCAGUACGGCUGCCCCACCUUGACGUUUCUGGAGGUGGAGGAUACGGGUGAUGGUUCUACUGCCGGCUCGCAUCUUAAGAGGCGCAACGCCAAGGACGAGCUCAUGGCGCCUGUAAUGGGCGCGGGGUACUACACCGCCCUGACCAUGGCCACCUUCGAGGACUUCGGCUUCUACCGGGUUGACUUCACCAAGGCCGAGGUGAUGCCGUGGGGCCGAGCACUCCAGCUGCGACUUCAUCACCAAGAAGUGCAUGGAGGACAACAUCACGCAGUGGCCGGAGAUGUUCUGCAACUCCACCGAGAGUUCGUAUCUGUGCCCCACCCACCGCCUUAA